AUGCGUAGAGCUCACCAGAGUUUCCACCGUCCUCUUCUUUGGCUUUACCAUAAGCAUUACAAAACCUUAGCAUGCAACCUGAGGUCCUUAGCUGAGUGUGGAUAUUUGAAACAUUUGCCUUUACUUCUCCUUCAGUUGCUGCAAAGUGACACAAAAUUUGAAACCAAGUAUUGGAUUAUUGAUAGGGAAUCCUCAAAUGGCACUUUCCUAAGUGCCUAUCAUGGGGAUGCCGAUUAUCGUUUUAUAUACAAUCAGAUAUCAGAUCUCUUCAGUGAGUUGCUCAAGUCUGAUCUUGAGUUCUUGAAAUUUGGUGAUCUUCAUAAAAUCAGUCUCGCAGCUAAGUUUUGCCCCUCCCUCAACACAUUUUUUGAUUACGCAACACUUAUGUGUGAGAGCAUCGCCAGAAGGCUCUUUCCCCAAGAUUUAGAUUUAAUAUAUAAGAAAAUUUCAGAGCCUCAUUACGCAUAUAGAGUCAGAGAUCGUCUACGUAAAGAAGUCAUUGCCCCGCUUCGUAGAGCUUUAAACUCGCUCGAGUCUCACAUUCCAGCCGGGGAGGUUCGCAUACAGGAGACUUGUUUGACACACAGUAAAGACACACAGCAUAACGAAGCUCAUCUAACAUGCACUAGAGAAAGAAACAUGAAUUUCAAAAACUGUUGUGUGAGGAAAUAUGCAAAUACAAAGAUCCCAGUUGAAGAAUUACUUCCUCACAAGAUCUUGUGUUCUCUUUACGAUGGCAGUUGUGCCGAACUUGCUAAUUUACAAUGGAAGAAAAUGAUCGAACACCUCACAAUGAAGGGGAAGUUUACAAAUUGUCUUGCAUGUUGCGAUGUCUCACCUAGCAUGACUGGGUUUUGUACUACAGUUAGCAUUGCACUCGGGCUUCUAAUUUCAGAUUUGAGCCAAGGCCCAUGGAGAGGAAAGAUUAUGACAUUCAGCCAUGAUCCUCGGCUUCAAAAGAUUGAAGGAAUUGAUCUACAAAGUAGGACUGAUUUCAUGGAGACCAUAAUGGAUUGGGGAUUGGAAAUAGAUCUUCGAAAGGUGUUUCUUCACAUCUUGGAAGUUGCAGUCAAAGAAAACAUUGAUAAAGACAAGAUGGUGAAGACAGUUUUUGUGUUUACUAGUAUGGAAUUCAUUGAAACUUGCUGCCAUGAUAAUUGGAAUAUUGAUUAUCAGAAAAUUAGAAAUAAGUUUCAUGAAAAUGGAUACACCACUCUGCCUGUUAUAGUUUUUUGGAACUUAUUAAGACAUCGUCACAGCUUCUCCUCAGUAAGAGAUUUUAAUGUCUUGAGGAAAUCAGAUUAUGACUUUGGGUUAGGUAUAGUGCCAAAUGGGCCUCAAGGAGUAAUUCUGAUUAAAGGCUUUUCAAAUGAAUUGUUGAGAUUGGCUAUAGAGAAUAAUGGGGUUAUGAACCCUGACGCCAUCAUGGAAAUGGUCAUCUCUGACAAAAGAUAUGAGAAAGUCAUGGUUUGCGAUUAA